AUGGCCUUGAACUCUACUACAUCCAUUCUCCUCCUCUUCCUAGCCUUGGCUAUGGCGGCCACGCCCCGGACUGCGGUAGCAGGUGAUCCCGACAUCAUUUCAGACUUCAUUGUCCCAGCAAAUUGUACCUUCGUAGAUGGGAAAUUCUUCACUUACACCGGGCUGCGUGGGAUUUUCGACUCCACCCCCCCAACCUUUAAGGUGACAAAAGCUAGCAUGGCCGAGUUCCCGGCUCUUAAUGGGGAAAGUGUAUCCUAUGCUGUGCUUCAAUUCCCAGCACGUGGUGUUAAUCCGCCUCACACCCACCCUCGCGCCGCGGAGCUGCUAUUCCUCGUCGAUGGAGUUCUCGAAGUCGGGUUUGUCGACACCAAAAAUGUUUUGUAUACCCAAAAACUCAAAGUUGGGGACAUGUUUGUGUUUCCAAAGGGACUUGUUCACUUCCAAUUCAACCACAACCAUAAACGGCCAGCAAUCGCAAUUUCUGCAUUCGGAAGUGCAAGUGCUGGAACUGUUUCGGCUCCUGUGUCAGCUUUUGCCACUGGAAUUGAUGAUAUCAUACUUGCUAAAUCUUUUAAGACUGACGUUGAUACCAUUAAGAAGCUCAAGGCAGGAAUUACCAAGCCCUGA